AGCAGCCGAAAGGUGAGGACUCAGUUUACCUCUCUACUCCUAAUCACAAGAUGGCCCUAUAUACGACUAUAUCAUCAACAAGAAUGUUAGUCGUCGUGUUGGUGUUCCUUGUCGCCAUCAGCCACGCUACAGAACUCCACGAACAGAAGACGGAGGUAAACAAACGACUCUUCCUCGAUGGAUUAAACACCAUAUUCUCUAUCGGUGACCCGGUAGUGGUUAUGGUGGGAAUGAUGACCUUAUUCGUAGUGACGGUGGCAGCGAUCAUAGCCAUUAUUUACCGAGACAGGGACACGACCUCCUCCUUCACCGGCUACUACUCCCCAUCUGCGUCUUACGCCUCACGCCCCAUCUACACCAGGAACGCCUACACGGCCCACCGCUUCCUGGAGGAGGGCGCCAACAAGUUCAACUAGACACGAGCAUCAGUGUUCUAAGAUGACCAAGACCACCUCUAGAUCUGACGACUGACGCUACCUCAUGUGUCUUUACCUCACUUCCUGCUCAACUCAUCUCUUAUACUAGAGUGUUACACUAAUGAUGUUACCUGGAUCUUGUACCUGCUGUUUUAUUAUUAUUUAUAUAAGAUUUUUUUCAUAAGAUUUGUUUUGGUGUAAUUUAAUUCAGAUUCGAGUUUAUUUAAUUGUGUGUUAAACAAAGUGAAGGUGAGAUGAUCAGCUCACUCACGAGUUGACCAAAUGUCGGGGAGUCACACCUGUACACAGUAAUAUACACGAGAGAAGCAACACUAUGUUACACUGACGAAGGUCACUCCUGUACACAGUAAUAUACACGAGAGAAGCAACACUAUGUUACACUGACGAAGGUCACUCCUGUACACAGUAAUAUACACGAGAGAAGCAACACUAUGUUACACUGACGAAGGUUACACCUGUACACAGUACUGUACAGUAGCUAAAACAACUAUCUGUGCAUACUUUGUGGGAAAGAAUAUGAGACCAUG